GAAGUGCUGGGAUUACAGGCGUGAGCCACCGCGCCCGGCCCCGCCUCCUGCUCCUCUAAAUAGAAGAGGCGGGCCUCGAACUGAAGUUCCGGGACGCACGCCAGUCUCCGGUUGCGCCUGCAAGUCGGGCUCCCGUGGGGUCCUACCCGGCCCCCGGGAACAGGCGUAAAGCUCUUUCUUCGGUGCUCGCUCUCGUGCGCGCGCCCGGACGGCGCCUGCGCAGAGGGCGAGGAACCUGGUACCCCGGUGCGGUCCCGGAGCCUGCGCGCUGCGGACUUUGGGGCCUCCCGGCCCGAGGGAGAGGAGCAGGGAAGAUGGCGGCUGUGGUGGAGAAUGUAGUGAAGCUCCUUGGGGAGCAGUACUACAAAGAUGCCAUGGAGCAAUGCCACAAUUACAAUGCUCGCCUGUGUGCUGAGCGCAGCGUGCGCUUGCCUUUCUUGGACUCACAGACUGGAGUAGCCCAGAGCAAUUGUUACAUCUGGAUGGAAAAGCGACACCGAGGUCCAGGAUUGGCCUCUGGACAGCUGUACUCCUACCCCGCCCGGCGCUGGCGGAAAAAGCGGCGAGCCCAUCCCCCUGAGGAUCCACGACUUUCCUUCCCAUCUAUUAAGCCAGACACAGACCAAACCCUGAAGAAGGAGGGGCUGAUCUCUCAGGAUGGCAGUAGUUUAGAGGCUCUGUUGCGCACUGACCCCCUGGAGAAGCGAGGCGCCCCGGAUCCCCGAGUUGAUGAUGACAGCCUGGGCGAGUUUCCUGUGACCAACAGUCGAGCACGAAAGCGGAUCCUAGAACCAGAUGACUUCCUGGAUGACCUCGAUGAUGAAGACUAUGAAGAAGAUACUCCCAAGCGUCGGGGAAAGGGGAAAUCCAAGGGUAAGGGUGUGGGCAGUGCCCGUAAGAAGCUGGAUGCUUCCAUCCUGGAGGACCGGGAUAAACCGUAUGCCUGUGACAAUAGUUUCAAACAAAAGCAUACCUCGAAAGCGCCCCAGAGAGUUUGUGGAAAACGUUACAAGAACCGACCAGGCCUCAGUUACCACUAUGCCCACUCCCACUUGGCUGAGGAGGAGGGCGAGGACAAGGAAGACUCCCAGCCACCCACUCCUGUUUCCCAGAGGUCUGAGGAGCAGAAAUCCAAAAAGGGUCCUGAUGGAUUGGCCUUGCCCAACAACUACUGUGACUUCUGCCUGGGGGACUCAAAGAUUAACAAGAAGACGGGACAACCCGAGGAGCUGGUGUCCUGUUCUGACUGUGGCCGCUCAGGGCAUCCAUCUUGCCUCCAGUUUACCCCCGUGAUGAUGGCAGCAGUGAAGACAUACCGCUGGCAGUGCAUCGAGUGCAAAUGUUGCAACAUCUGUGGCACCUCUGAGAAUGACGACCAGCUGCUCUUCUGUGAUGACUGCGAUCGUGGCUACCACAUGUACUGUCUCACCCCGUCCAUGUCUGAGCCCCCCGAAGGAAGUUGGAGCUGCCAUCUAUGUCUGGACCUGUUGAAGGAGAAAGCUUCCAUCUACCAGAACCAGAACUCCUCUUGAUGUGGCCACCCCCGUGCUCCCCGACAUAUCUAAGGCUGUUUCUCUCCUCCACUUCGUAUUUCAUACCCAUCUUUCCCUUCUUCCUCCUCUCCUUCACAAGUCCAGAGAACCUUGGGGUGGUUGUGCCAGCCUGCCUUUGGCAGCUGCAAGCUGAGGUGGCAGCUCUGACCACCUCUGGCCCCAGGCCCUCAGGGAGAAAGGAGCAACACACUGCCCCUAGGCGUACGUGUGGCCCAGUUUCUCUCUGCUCUCCAUUAAGUGCAUUCACUCUGCUUGCCUUGGGCCCAGGCCCUGGUGAUCACAGGGUUCAAACAGUGUCCUCCUAAAAAGAGUGGGAGAGCAGCUCACUUCUCUCUGUUCUUCCUCCACUCUGGUCUCCAGAGUUUUCCCAUCCCCCAGAGGCAAGCCAGGCCAGGGAGCUAGGAGCAAGCAAGCUGAGGCCACGUCCACAAGGAGCUUUCCAUGCCCCUGUGCCGCAUAGCCUCACCUCUUUCCUCCAGAGUGGCUAUCUGUGGCCCUCUGUUCCUGCUACAGAGGGUUCUUUGCUGGAGUCAGGAUGUUCUCAGUCACCCUCCUGGCUCUGCCCUGUCCCACUCCACCCUACCCCAGGGGGAACAGCAGCUUCACCUUGUUACUCCCAGUGCUCUCUUGGCUCACUCUUAUGGGCGGUCUCCAGUGACUGAAGCAUUCCCUACCCUUGGAAUUUCUCAUCUUCUGCCUCCCUUCUUAUUCCUUUUGGUUUUGUGGGGAGAGAAGGAUCAGGGGGCCAGGCCAGCAGCUCGGGGGCUACAGGGAGAUGGAUAAUGUGCCUGUUUUUUAACACGACAAAAAAGCCUACCUCCAAAAUCCCCUUUUUGUUCUUCCUGGACCUGGGCAUUCAGCCUCCUGCUCUUAACUGAAUUGGGAGCCUCUGCCACCUGCCCCGUGUAUGCUGGUUCUCAGCUCAUGGGGAAGCCACAUAGACAUCCCUUUCUUCCCUUGCACGCUCGCUAGCAGCUGGUAAGGUCUUCACACCCUGAUUCCUCAAGUUUUCUGCUUAGUGGCACUGACAUUAAGUAGUGGAGGGACAGUCCAUGCCAGGACACCCUGGAGUAGCCUUCCCCGUUGGCCGCGGGCAGGCCCUAACUCACUGUCGCUUUGGAGUUGAGGUGUCUCUUUUUUCUUUCUUUAGUUCCUGUAUUCUAAACAUUAGUAAAAAUAAAUGUUUUUACACAGA